GUGCAAAGUCUGUGAAGACAAUGGCAGAAUUCUCACAGCCACCAGUUGACAGAAGAUCAAGCAUGACGGAACCAAUUGAGUUGAAAUCUCCUAAAAAUCCCUUGAUUCAAUGCUCAAUCUGUCUGGAUGUUCUCACUGAUCCAGUCACCACUCCGUGUGGGCAUAACUACUGUAAGACCUGCCUGACAAAAUGCUGGGACAAAAAUCGGGACUGCCGCUGCCCACUUUGUAAGGAAAACUUUCCGAAGAGACCGAACCUUAAAAUUAAUACAGCACUCCGAGAACUUGCAGAAAGCUAUAGGAGGAAAAAAACCAAAGUGUUAUGUUACACCUGUGCAGAGAAGAAAGUGAAAGCCCUGAAGUCCUGCCUUGAAUGUCAGACAUCUUACUGUGAGACUCACCUGGAGCCUCAUCAAAAAGUUUCCAAUUUAAUGAAACACAAAUUGAUUGACCCCGUGGAGAAUCUGGAGGAUUAUAUAUGUCAGAAACAUGAGAAACCUCUGGAGCUGUUCUGUAGAGAUGAUCAGAUAAGUGUGUGUCUGUCCUGCACUGAGGAAGACCACAAAACUCACAACACUGUUCCUAUAGAGGACGAGAUUACAGAGAAGAAGAGUCAACUGGCGAGUACACAGAUGGAUGUGCGACAGAUGAUCCAGGACAGACAGAAGAACAUUCUAAACAUGAAAGAGUCAAUUACACUCAGCAAUGAAAGCCGAACAGAACUACAUCAAGUGAUGGAGAAUCAGAAAGCAGCAGAGAAGCAGGUUGAAGAGCUCAUUAAAGAGCUGGAGCAGGAAAUCACUGAACUAACGAGGAGAAACUCUGAGCUGGAACUGACCCAUCACUAUCUUAAGAUGAUGCAGGAGUAUGCAGUGGAUGUGACUCUGGAUCCUAAUACAGCUCAUGCAUGUCUAAUUCUGUCUGAAGAUGGGAAACAAGUGAAAGUGGAUUUUAGUGGCAACAAUGAGCAUGACCUCCCAAACAACCCAGAGAGAUUUGAUACAUGUCCCAGUGUUCUAGGAAAAGAGGGUUUCAGUUCAGGGAAAUUUUACUUUGAGGUUCAGGUAGAGGGGAAAACUGAUUGGGAUUUAGGAGUGGCCAAUGGAUCCAUUAAGAGAAAAGGUGAGAUUAAAUUGAGCCCUAAGAAUGGAUUCUGGACUGUGGGUCUGUGGAAGGGGAAUGAAUAUCAGGCAAGUGCAUCUCCUUCUGUCUCACUUUCUUUGAGAGAGAAACCCCAGAAGGUGGGGGUGUUUGUGGAUUAUGAAGAGGGUCUGGUCUCUUUUUUUGACGUGGAUUCCAAUUCUCAUAUCUACUCUUUCACUGGUCAGUCUUUCACUGGGAAUCUCUACCCAUAUUUCUAUCCUGGUAAAAACAAUGAGGAUAAAAUGCCAUUAAUCUUAAUGAAGAUUAACUGCUUCUGA